UCAAACGUUAAAUACAUCUCGAACGUUUAACACACAUUCAACGGAUUGUCGUCGUAGUCGUCUCGCGUUCUUAACACACCGGACCAAGAACCAAACUCCCAUCCAUCCAUCAUUGGCUUGUGGUGGAAAACAAAAACAUUGAAGCGAAGCAGAGCAGAGGGAACCUGAAGUUGCGUUCGGGUGUGUGUGAGUUGGUUGCUUGUGUGUGCUAACAAACUCCGGCUGCGACUGCGGCUCUGUGUCGUCACAAACUUCAAUCCCAUCAGUUGAGUUUUAACUUCGAACUGGCUAUGUUGGCCUUUGGCAUAGAAGCGCACCGCUGAGAUAGAUAGUAGAUCUGUUCUGCUUAUUUUCGAUUUUCCAAAAGAGUGGGUUUUUGUGAAAACACCACCAAAGCGAUUUCAAUUCGAUAGUCUGUUUGUUUUGUUGCCAGUGACUUGAAUUGACUGUUACACCAAUCGACCGGUUUUGUGUGUGAUUUGGUAACAAGUGCUAAACUCUAACAUUUUUAAAUAUUGAAAGGCCGGAAUUAAUGGCCUGGCUUUGUGUUCGUGCGUAUUUACGUGGGUUAAAAGCCCGCUCGUAAUGGCCCUAAGAGCCCAGUUGUGUGUGGAUUGAAAAAAAAAAAGAUUUUUUUUUAACUUUGAAGAAGAAUAAUAAAACAUAAUAAUUGGUGUGAUGAUAUGAUAAUGCUAACGAAAGCCAAAAACAAAACAAAAAGCGAACGACAAAACAAAUCAAUGAAUCGAUGAAUGAAUUUUAUGAAUGAAUGAACAAAAUCGACGUGAAUUCAAAACGAAUAAUUAAGUAAAUAUUCGAAAAGAAAAAAAAUACGUUGGCGUUAGCACUCCAUGGCAAGCCAGUGAAUUGAAAAGACAAACAACAUUAGUUUUUUGUGACAAAAGAAAAAUUUCAAAAAAUAAAUAAAAGUGCUCUAAUUUUUCCUGCAAUCAAUCCAAUAACAAAAAAAUAUAUAUGGAACCUCUCCAAUACAAUUGAAAGUGAAUUUACCACAACAAAAACAACAAUAUGGUCGUUCUAGCCAUUUAAGGAAUAAACUUGUUUUUCACCAGAAAAUCCUUAGCAGAGGAGAAAAAAGGGAGACAUAAUUGAACCCACAAAAAAAUACGAACAAAAAAACUUGAUCUCCUUCAGUUGCUGUCGUCGUCGUCGUUGUUGCCUGGUGCUUGAACUAAGAAAGACAUUCAGUUUGUUUGCCACAGCAGCAGCUUGCAACAUUUAAUGCCACAAGAUGCAUCUGCCGUUAACACAUUUUCGGAUAACUUUGACAUUUACGUUGCUAGCGGUCAUUGCAACGGUCGCAGCACAAUCCACGACCCCCAUACAAAAGUUUCGAGUUACCCCCCACGAUUUACAGAUUUUAGAGGGCACCGAUACACUGCUGCGUUGUGAGGUGGCCAACCGGGCCGGCCAAGUUCAAUGGACCAAAGAUGGCUUUGCUUUGGGCUUCUCGGCCGUGAUUCAUGGUUUCCCCCGUUACUCCGUUCUGGUCGAUGCCGCAAACGGCAUUUAUAAUUUACAAAUUAAGAAUGCCUCGCUGGAAGAUGAUGCCGAGUACCAGUGUCAGGUAGGACCUGCUGCUGGCAAUCCAGCCAUUCGGGCCAAUGCCAAGCUGAGCAUUGUGGCUGCACCCAGUUCGAUUUCGAUUGACGGUUAUGCUCCCAAUACCAAAGUGGAGGUAAUUGAAAAGCAAAAUCUGACCUUGAAAUGCAUUGCAGAGAAUGCUAAUCCAGCAGCGAAUUUGGUGUGGAAUAGCAAUAAUGUGCCGAUAGCUGGUGUAAAACCCCAUGUUGAAAUUACCGAAACUGCUCCGAAACGCUUUACCACGGUCUCCAUCAUAACCAUACAACCCAAGGCCGACGAUGAUUACAAAGACUUCUCGUGCGAGGCCAAACACAAGGCCCUGCCUCCCGAUGUACCCAUGCGUUCUGGUGUACAGCUCUCGGUUUUGUAUCCUCCCGGUCCACCAUUCUUUGAGGGUUACACACAAGGUGAAACCUUACGCAGAGGACAAAGUGUCAAAAUAGCCUGUCGUAGUCGCGGUGGCAACCCGCCUGCCCAAUUGGUGUGGUACAAAAAUGGCCAAGUUAUCAAUUCGCCACAAAGGACAUCUGGACGAUUAUCGGAAAAUGCAUAUAGCUUUGUAGCCGAAGCCUCAGAUAAUGGCGCCCAAUUGGUGUGUGAAGCCAAGAAUAUUUUAUCCAAUACCGCUUUUAAGGCUGAACUCAAUCUGACCGUUUUGUUUGCCCCCAAAGAAGUUACAAUUUCCGGCGCCACAGAGGCCAAAGUGGGAGACAAUGUCCAGUUGACUUGCAUCACAGCGCCCUCCAAUCCACCGGCCCGCAUCAGUUGGUCGCUUAACGGACGCCCGCUGAGCAACUCCACGUACAAGACGCAGAAAAGCAUCGAAGGUGGUUGGUUUUCCACAUCGAAUGUUUCCAUAACCAUUGACUCCAAUUCACGAACAUUUGUGGCUGUUUGUCAUGCUCUAAAUGUGGAACUGACACAAAACGUGGUGGGUUCCCACAGUGUCAAUGUCUUGUAUCCACCCUCGCCACCCUUGUUGACAGGGUAUAAUGACGGUGAUGUCAUCACUUCGGGUUCUGUCAAGAAAUUACAAUGUUCAUCCUCGGGUGGUAAUCCCCCACCAGCCCUGACUUGGUAUAAAAACGACAAGAAACUCAAUACCCAGGCGAAAGUUGUGGAUUCGAAAAUCAUAUCGGAAUUGACCAUCUUGGUGAAUGCCUCGGACAACAACGCCAUCUACAAGUGUGAAAUACAAAGUCCAGCCAUUGAAAUUCCAUUGUUUGCCACAAAAACCCUAAAUGUUGAUUUUCCACCGGAAACCGUUAAGAUAUCGGUGGAGCCCAAGAACUUGGUACCUGGUAUCCGUGCCAAACUCAUUUGUGACUCAAGUUCCAGUAACCCCCCAGCCAAAGUGUCGUGGUGGAAAGAUGGCAUACCUGUUGAGGGUGUCAACCUGUCCACAAAACCCGGUCUGUGGGGCGGUUCGGUUUCCACUUUGGAGGUGUAUGUCAACAUUACCCAAGACUUGGAUGGCAUUGUCUACACCUGUCAGUCCAUCAAUGAGGUCCUGCAGAGAAGUGUUCACGAAACAGUCAAUUUGGAUGUUUUGUAUCCUCCCAAAUUCGAUAAUCCCCAAAUGACAACCUAUUUGGGCGUUGAAGGUGAACCUUUGCGCAUCGAACUGCAUGCCUCCGGCAAUCCUAUGUCCAUGUCCUAUACCUGGACCAAGGAUGGCCUACCCAUUAUGAGCAAUGCUCCUAACCAGCGUAUCAUAUCGGAUGGGGCCACCCUGAACAUCAGCAAACUGUCACGAAAUGAUGCUGGUAGCUACAUUUGCGAAGCCAUGAAUUCUCAGGGCACAGCCAUUAUGGAGAUACAAGUGGUUGUGGAAUUUCCGCCAUCCAUUGAAUCGGUUACAGAUGGCUCCAGUUUUGCCGAAGGCGAUGAUGCGGUGUUGGCCUGUUCCAUUAUGGCUCGUCCUUUGGCUGCCGAGCAUGUUACUUGGAUUAGAGCCGGUUAUGACAUGUCAGCCAGAACAACAAUAACCUAUGACAAUGGAACCUCGUACUUGCACAUUAGCCGAGUACAACGUUCGGAUAUUGGCAAUUUCACCUGUGUUGUUGACAAUCAGAGAGGACCACCUGCCCAAAGGGAUGUUUUGUUGGUUGUUCAAUCUGCUCCCGAAUUGGAUCAUUCACCUGCCCUGAUGCGGUUUGCCGCCCGUAUGGGUGAGCGUGGCCGUUUGGUGUGCAAAGCCUUGGCUGCACCACAGCCCAGCUUUGUGUGGCGUCGCAAUGGCAAAGACUUGAAAAUGCGUCGCAGUAAAUUCAAGGCAUUGGAACGCAAAUUGGACGCCUUGACUCAUGAGUCAACAUUAGUCAUAGAGAACACCGCGGCCGAUGACUAUGGCCAGUAUGAGUGUGUGGCUCGCAACACCCACGGCCAGGCCAGCACAAGUGUGGAAUUUUCCAAGCCCACCAGACCUGAUACACCCUUGGAACUGUUGGUGAACAAUGUCACCGACAAUGGUGUGGAUUUGGCAUGGAUUCCCGGUUUCGAUGGCGGCCUACCGGUCUACUAUCGGCUGCGUUUCAAAAUCCACAAUGAGGACAAAUACAAGUAUGUGGAUGCCAAACCGGGCAGUUUCAACAUAAGCAUAGAUGGCCUAAAGGCGGGCAGUACCUAUUUGUUUUCCGUGAUGGCAGCCAAUGAGGCGGGUGGCAGUAAAUUCCUGCCGGAUAUUAAAUUGACAUUAACCAAAGGUUCCCAACCCUAUUCGGCCGAACUGAAUGAAAAAGACGAAAUGCCCAACAUGAUGAUUAUCGGCAUUACCUCUGCAGCCAUGGUGUUGUUGGUGUUGAAUGCUGCCUUGGUUGCCUGGUUCGUGAUACGGCGCCAAAACAAGAGUUCAGCUGAAACGGAAGCCCCCAAUGAUGAUGCCUACUCGAAGGAGGACAAUCAGUCUGUCUACAAGUUGCCCAUUUCUGCUCUGCAGGCCGAUGUCCAGAAGCAGGCCACAUCCACGUACCUGGUGGAGAAUGUCGAUAUCAUACAGUCCACAGCGUAUCCCCCAAAGUAUCAGGAGAGUUCCAUGUGCACCCCGCCGUACAUGUGCAAUCCCGACUUCACACGCACCCUGCCCAAUCCCAAGCGGCACAGUAAUCGUUCCGGCAUGCCCGAGCAGAUGAAUCGUUCCAAAGAUGAUCACAUGCUAAUGUCCAACGGCAUGUACAUACCCUCGCCCUCGCCCGCCUCCUCGCUCGUCAUCAAGGGCAGCUACAUAUCGUCGCCCUCGCCAGCCCCGCCGCCGGAUGGUUCAUACUUCAAUAUGAGCGACAAGUACAUCUCGUAUCCACCUGUGGCCUACUGAAGCAUUGCGGCUGUAGCUGUAGCUGUGGCAGUAGUGUCAACACAAAUGGCCCGCAACGCCCCCUCAUACCAAUGGUGGAAACUCAUAGAGCUUCUAAUACAGAAUAAGUAGACUGACGCAACAAACACACACAUACACACAAUUUUCACAAAGAUAGCAGAAAAAUCCUAAAACAAAAAAAAAAAGCGCCAAGCAAAUAGCAAAAUCAAAACGAAUAGCAACAACAACAACAACAAAUCGAAUCAAUUACAAAAUGUACAAACCUUACGAAUUAAACGAAAUGGUGGACGGCAAACUUGUUCCGCCAAACAACUGGAAGCAAAUCUCGUUACAUUACCAACGAACUUCAAAUGUGAGCGAGCGAGAGAGAGAUAGAGAAGUUAUGAAAAUAAUUCCAAGUUUGUGCUUUAAGGCUGUGAUAUUGAAAAUACCUGCUCGAAUGUUUAGCAGCGGCCACAACCGAGGAAUGAACAUGGAAACAUGGAAAGGGCGUUAUCAGCAGCACUUUUAACCAACACACACACACACACACAAAUCCGCACAGUGUGUAAGGCUCAUCAAUCAUAACAGGCGUUCCCGCAAUGUUGGUCAGCCGUACAACAAUCUUACUUUGCUGCAAGACAUGAUGGCAGGUUUAUUUUCACCCUGUAGUUUUAUACUUACUUUACAUACAUUAACAAAUACUUACAUACACACACACACACACAAAUACAAUAUCCAAGCGGUCCCACAGAAUCCACAGAAUCUCGACAAAACAAAAACAAAGACAAAAGUUUCCAGCAAAAAUGUUUUAGAUGAAAUUCUAUGGCCGAUGGCCGUUUUGGACAACGAUGAUGCAGAUGGAUGAUUACAUUUUUAGUGAACGAAUAGUUAUAGGUCAUAAAUCAUUUCUCUUCUUAUAAAUAGAGUAUAACUUUUUAGCAUUUUAUUGUAACAAACACACACACAUACACACACUCGAAUAUACAUAUAUAUAUAACAACAAGAUGAAACUCUCGUAUAUAAAUAAAAAUUUCAACUUGCGAUUAGUUUUCUUUAUCCUUAUCUAAAAGAAAAUAUUAUUAAAAAAAUAUGAAUAUCCUAUAUCUUCCUUGAAAUCCUUUCCAUUACCACAAAACCGAAACUCUUCCUGUUGCAAACAAUUUUAUCUCUAUUUACGAAAAAAAAAACGAAACACAACAACAACAACUAUACAAAAUUAGCAUUUAAGAAGAUACAAAUAAAGUUAGAAAACGGAAAUGCUGUCACAGAAAGCUGAACAGUCGCGAUGGUCGUUGGAAGGCCAAAAACAAACAACAAAAGUUAUUUCGCCAAGUUGUAAUUUCAGUGAUGGACAGCAGCGAAACGAUAAGAAAGAAGAUACGAAUGAAAAUCUCUAGCAUAAUUAUAUUUACACCGAAAUAUACAAAUGAAACAUUACUGUCAAUCCAUCCCUCCCCUCUCCCAUCCUCCUCCGCCUCCCCCUCAUCCCCGUCCCUUUUAUUGAACAUCACUAGCAUUGGCUUUAAGCAAUGUUUAUUAUUAAAGCGAAUUAUGUGUAUUUAGCAUCUAAUCAUUUUGAGAUUAAGCGGAAUUUUGCAGUUGGCAGCAUUGGCGAGGCAGCAAAUGCUUUGAAGGGAUUAAAUAAAUAAGCUAAAUGUGAUAAAGAAAUUAUUAGUUCAAUUUAAUUGUUAAAUAUCUUUGUUUCGCUUAGUCCGACAACACGUGCAACAAUUUUUGCGACUUGAAAUGUCAAGUUGUCUGGCAAAUAUCUGACCAGACAUAUUUACCUGUUAAGUCGGCAUGUGUACAAGGACAUUUAUUCGUUUUUUUAUUUUUCAUUUAAAAAAAGACAAAUUCCCUUUAAAACAAUGCUGCCGACAGUUGGGCAACAGCAAGUCUCAGACAUGUCCACAAUUUCAUAUUAUUUUAAAACAUAAUUUCACAAUGUCAUUUAGUUUAAGUUUUAUUGUAAAUCACUAAUUGUUUAUGUUUUUUUUAAAUUAAAAAAAAUCCCCCCAUAGAAUAUCUCCUGUCCUACUCCCCGUUUACCCCCCAUACACACACACAUACACUCAGACUUUUCCAUGUACUAAGCAUGUAUUAAUUGUAAAAAAAAUAAUCUAAAAUCUCCAAACCUCUUAAUUGUUGAAAUGACAAUAAAUUAAUUGGAAACGAUAAAAUGCCCCCCCAUUCGAAGGAAACCCUAAAAUCACAGCAAACAAAUGCAUGAAUGAAUUCAAGUGUUUCAUUACUUAAGGCCGUCAGUGUAAAUCAAUUAAAAAAUAAAUGUAAAUAUGUUUUUUUUUUUUAUAUAUAAUUAUUACAUAUAUAUUUAUAUUUAAAUAUAGCAGAUACGUACCUAUUAUAUAUGUGUAUGUAUAUUACGAAUUAACAUUAACAGUAUAAUCAUUUAAUACUUUCUUUUUUAAAUCAAAACAAACAAAACAAUUAUAAAUUCAAUUUUAAAUAUUUAAGAACAAAAUACAACAACAAAAACAUGAAAAUCAACUUCAA